AUGAUACAUAGAACGGCAGAAAUUGUUGCCAACUCUCCUCGGUUUCGAAGGAAGUCGUCGACAUUUGUCGAUGCAAUUCAUGAUCUGCCUGAAAAGGCCGACCUGGCCCCGGCCCAGCUAUACAGCACGGAGUCUGGUCGACUCUUUCACUCGGGGCGGAUCGUCAUCAUCACUGUAGGCUUACCAGCAAGAGGCAAAACACAUAUAUCUGUAGCAUUGGCUCGAUAUCUUCGUUGGCUAGGCGUCAAGACGAGAAUUUUUCAUCUUGGAGACUACAGACGGGCCACAAUCUCUACUGGUCAAGACAUCCCGGAUGACUAUUUCUUCGUCAACGCAUCUGCAUCUUCGGUCCUACUGAGACAGAAGAUCAUGAAGAAAUGUCGCGAGGACAUCUAUCAUUAUCUGAACUUCGAAAACGGCCAGAUAGCGAUCUAUGAUGCUGUCAACCCUCUGGCUUCUGGUCGGCGAUCGCUAGCGAAAGAGUUUGCCAAACAUGAUAUCGAGACGCUAUUCAUCGAGUCAUGGUGUGAUGAUGAGCGCAUCAUUGAGGAAAACGUCCGCAGGGUUAAGAUUUCGUCGCCCGAUUAUGUCGGAUGGUCAUCCGAAGACGCAGUGAGGCACUAUCUGACUAGGAUCUCUGCCAGAAUCCCCCAGUUUCAGACCAUGGAGGAGAAGGAUUUGAAUUAUAUCAAGAUGAUCAAUGCAGGACAAAGAUUGAUUAUCAACAACAGAAGUUUUGGUUAUCUUUCAAACCGGAUUGUGUUCUAUCUUCUCAAUCUUCACAUAAAGUCUAGACAUACAUUUUUUGCAAGAGCUGGUGUCUCACAAGAAGCAGAUUCCUAUAAGGGUGAUGCCUCUUUGUCGGAGCGAGGAGAAGACUAUGCGAAGAAAAUGACUGAGCGUCUACUACAGCACAGGGAAUCAGAAAGACAAGCCAUGAUUGACCAAGGAGAGGCGGAUCACAAACUUAAACCACUGACCGUUUGGACGUCCACAAGACGUCGGACGGUUGAGACAGCAAAGUAUUUGCAUGAGAAGGGAUACAAGGUCAGACAACGCUCGCAAAUGAGUCAACUGAACCCUGGUGUUUGCGAGAAAAUGUCAGAGAGCAAGAUUCGUGCAGAAUAUCCGGAAGAAGUGGCCAAACAUGAGCUCGAUCCUUAUCAUCAUCGAUAUCCUCGAGCCGAGUCCUACCAUGACCUUGCCGUAAGACUCGAGCCUAUCAUUCUAGAACUUGAGCGGGAACAGAAUGAUCUUCUCAUUAUUGCUCAUGAAAGUGUGCUUAGAGUGCUCUACGGUUACCUCAUGGCGUGCAAUGCCGCGGAUAUUCCAUUCCUAGAGUUCCCGCGCGACGAGAUCAUAGAAAUUAUUCCUGAAAGCUACCAAAACGAAGCACGCAGAAUACACAUUCCUGACCUGCCCAAGGAAAUCAUCCCUGGUUCCCCACAAGAUAUCAAGAUUCCUGUCCCCCCCAGCGGUGUGACCACUCCCCUGGUAGGGGGGAUUGGCAGCCCUAAUGAUGGUUUCUCCACACCACAGAGUGGCCUUCGAACGCCUCGCGAGCCUGAGAGAAUCUCGCAGCAGCACGUGGAAGACGUUGUCUAG